AUGGCUUCGCCGCCCAGAUCGCAAGGGGCGGCCGCCGAUCCUUCAACAGCCUCUCACUUGGCUCCGCAGCCUGCUAUCCCAGAAGCUUUUGAUAACGAUGAUGCUUCAGAUUCUGCCGAGGAUGAAGAUGACACCUUUUCCGAUUAUGCCGAGGACUUUGCAAGUGACACCACAACAAUCAAUUCGAUGAUCACGUCGUAUCGCUUUGAGAAUGGGCGGCGAUACCACGCUUACAAGGACGGAGCUUACUGGGGUCCGAAUGAUGAUAAACAGAACGAGCAACUCGAUAUUGCUCACCACAUGUUUACUAUGCUGCUCGACAACAAACUGCUACUGGCACCCAUAGACAAGAACAUACAGAGGGCGCUUGAUGUGGGUACUGGCACGGGUAUCUGGGCGAUAGACUUCGCCGACGAGUAUCCAUCAGCCCAGGUAAUUGGCACGGAUUUGUCACCAAUCCAGCCCAGUUUUGUACCGCCCAACUUGCGAUUCGAGAUUGACGAUGCAUCUGAGCCAUGGGUGUACCCGGAAAACCACUUCGACCUGAUUCAUGUGCGGUCAUUAUACGGGGCCAUAUCGGACUGGCCCGAAUUUUAUCGCAGUGCUCUUAAACACCUGCGGCCUGGUGGUUGGUUUGAUCAGCUGGAAAUGUCCAUUCAGUUUACUUCGGACGAUGGCACUGUGACUGACGAUCAUGUGCUGGCUGUCUGGUCCAAAACUUUUAUUGAUGCUGGAGAGAAAUUCGGGAAGACCUUCCGUAUUGCUGAUCUCGCCAAGGGUUACAUGCAGGAUGUCGGCUUUCAGAACGUGACGGAACGUCGAUUCAAACUGCCAAUUGGGGCGUGGGGUAAAGACAAAAAGCUGAAGACAUUGGGCCGAUGGAACCAAGUCCACUGCGAACAGGGGAUCGAGGGAUGGGCCAUGGCACUGUUGACGCGAGUGAUGGGCAAGUACAGGUCUUUUUGGCUCAAAUGCGCAAAGGUCUCCGAGACCCCGAAACCCAUUCUUAUUUUCAUGUGGUUGGAGUAUACGGGCAGAAACCAGCCGUUACUAUCUGAAGGCCUGAGCCCUCUUGGUGUACCAGGGAAGGCGAAAAUCCAGGUGUCGGUGUAG